AUGUCUGCUUCAUACCCCACUUCAUCGCCAUUCACGCAGGCAGUGGUGAGCUCCAUGAGGAAGCUCUACCCCGAGUCAUUGGCAGAUAAGAGCUGGGACAACACCGGCCUCCUCCUCGAAGCGCCCUUCGACCACACCCGCAGACAGAAAAACUCAGUCCUCCUAGCAAUUGACCUCACCAAAGCAGUUGCAGACGAAGCAAUUGCCCGUCGCGACUCAGUAGUCGUAGCCUACCACCCGAUCAUCUUCCGUGGCCUCAAAUCCAUCACCUUCAACGAUCCUCAACAAUCAUCCCUCCUCCGUCUCGCCCAAGAGGGCAUCAGCGUCUACUCCCCGCACACAGCCAUCGACGCAACCCCCGGCGGCAUGGCCGACUGGCUCUGCGACAUCGUCACCGGCGCCAUCGCCCCAACAAGCACCACCAAGCCCACUAUCCAGAAAUCCUCCUCAACACACUACUCCCACGCCACCUUCCCCGACCCACAGCCUGCUUCCCCCGCGACUCCCGUGCCCCAUGUCCGAACCACAAUCAUCCCCUCUCCGCCCCCAGUGCCCGAGGGCAUGGACUCAGCGGGAAUGGGGCGCAUCGUCACCUUCGACGAGCCCCAGCCCCUGACUGCCGUCGUGGACCGCAUUGCCCAGGGCGUUGGAUAUCCCGGCGGUAUCCCCAUCGCUAUUCCGCAGACCGCCUCGGUUGAGGACCUGAAGAUCCGCACAGUCGGCGUAUGUCCCGGCUCCGGGUCGAGUAUCCUGCUGAAGGGCACGGGCGGGAAGAUCCCCGAUCUGCUUUUCACUGGCGAGUUGAGUCACCAUGAGGCGUUGGCGGCCGUGGAGCGUGGGUCGGUUGUGGUUGCGCUGGCGCAUUCGAAUACGGAGCGCGGGUAUCUGCGUGCAGUGAUGCGGGAGAAGUUGGCAGAUGCGGUGAAGAAGGAGUGGGAGGCGCAGAGAGAGGAGGGUUUGAAGGGUGGUGCGGUGCUGAAGGAGGUCUUUGAGGAUGCGGAGUGUGUUGUGGAUGUUAGUGAGAAGGAUCGUGAUCCGUAUGGUAUUAUGAUUCGACAGGUCUAG